AGCACGAAUAGCCGAAUAGGUGGAACUACACACGGGGGACUCUCUGUCAUGAUCUCAUCCUCUUCCUUUUAUCUCUUCCAUUUUUGUCGGGAAAUCUUUCCCUCUUCUCCAGGUUUUCCCAGAAAUUCUCCAACAAAAUAAAAAGGAGGAAGAUUCAAUAAUUCAUUCCCAGAUAGUGGGAUCAAAAAAAUAAAAGCAGCCAUGGCUUCUUCAUCAGAGUUGAAUUCCCCAAUUGUGGCGGAAUUAGAGGCUGCUCACCGUUGGAAGACUUCCCAAUACUUCGUUACUGAAAGACCCUGGCUUGAUCUGUAUGGGGUUAGGGUUAGUCCAGUGGCAGCAUAUGGAAGUGUUAGUAACAAGCCUUCUAUUGAUCCUGCACUUAUCCACCGCACUCUGCCUGAUGAGUUGCUUCACGAGAUCUUUGCAAGAAUGCCUCCUUAUUAUCUGGGAAGAGCAGCCUGUGUUUGUCGAAAAUGGAGAUACGCCAUCCGCAAUCCUGUAUUUUGGCGCAUAACAUGCUUGAAAGCGUGGCAGCUUUCUGGAGUGGUGUACAAUUACAAGGUUUUGCAUUCAAAAUAUGAAGGGUCAUGGAGAAAAAUGUGGCUCUUAAGACCAAGAUUGCGAACUGAUGGCAUUUAUGUGAGUAGGAAUACUUAUAUACGUGCUGGAAUCGCCGAAUGGACAGUUUCAAAUCCAGUACAUUUGGUGUGCUAUUACCGGUACAUCAAGUUUUUCCCCUCUGGAAGAUUUUUGUACAAGAAUUCUUCUCAAAAACUUAAAGAUGUUGCAAAGUUUAUGAACUUUCGAGCAUCUAAAGCUGAGUCUAUUUACCGUGGACAAUACACAUUGACCGACGACAAGGUCGAAGCUGCACUUCUGUACCCUGGUACGAGGCCUACUGUUUUGCGAAUUCGGUUAAGGGUGAGAGGGACAACAGCUGGAGCUAAUAACAGAAUGGAUUUGGUCUCGCUCGUAACCAGUGGUGUUAAUGUCAAUGAAGCAAACCACGAGGAAGACAUGCUUGAUGUAGUCGAAGGAUGGGAAGAUGACGAGACACAUAAUCCUGAUGUUCCUGCAGUGUCGCACAACAGGGGCAUGACUCCUUUUGUCUUUGUUCCGUUUGAAGAGGUGGAAACAUCAGUUGUGAAUCUUCCAGUUGACAAGAUGGAUUUCUUUGUGCCUGACUAUUAACAAGUUGGAAGACACACCCUGUUGUAAUAUCAAUGUAUGUAUGUUCACAAUAAGACCCUGUUUCUCCUCUGGUUAUUUACUGUAAAAUGCUCAACUUUGUAUAUAUGUAAGGUUGUCAUUAAGUUAGUUUUCUCGUUCUGUCGCUGAGAUUGUUUUUAUGGAAUGUUAAGCGACUUCUUAGACAGAAUACGAUGAUGGUAACAUAUAUGAGUAUUAGUAUGUAGUAUUGCAAGAAAAUGAAGGAAACUGGGAAACAGUAAUAUUUAUAAAAUCAAAUGUAUUUUCGAUUACAA